AUGYGGGAGGGUCAGGGGACGGAUCGCGAGCAGCGGUGGCAGCGCUGGCCGGACGCCCGGACACUGAGCCUGCCCCCGCAUUGCUGUGGGUGCCACGAGCGGGGCCGAGGGUCUGGGGGAGCCCCCUCCCCAAUCUCUCUGCCCCCCCCAGCCCCUGACUACAACCCGAGCGAAUGGACCAACGAGAAGGAGAAGCUGGGGCUCGACUUCCCCAACCUCCCGUAUCUCAUCGACGGCUCCACCAAACUGACCCAGAGCAACGCGAUCCUUCGCUACAUCGCCCGCAAGCACAACAUGUGCGGUGAGACGGAGGAGGAGAAGCAGCGCGUGGACCUGAUGGAAAACCAGCUCAUGGAUCUCAGGAUGAACUUUGCUCGAAUGUGCUAUAGCCCCGACUUUGAGAAGCUGAAGCCGGCGUACCUGGAGCAGCUGCCCAAGAAGCUGCAGGAGCUGUCCCGGUUCCUGGGCUCCCGGCCCUGGUUUGCAGGGCAGAAGAUCACCUUCGUGGACUUCCUGGCGUACGAUGUGCUGGACCAGCAGCGCAUGUUCGUGCCCGACUGUCCCGAGCUGCAGGGAAACCUGGGCCGCUUCCUGCAGCGCUUCGAGGCCCUGGACAAGAUCUCUGCCUACAUGCGUUCAGGGCGCUUCAUGAAGACCCCGAUCUUCUGGCGCACGGCCAAGUGGUGCAACACCAAAGAUUGAGGGGGUGACCCCCCCUGUGUCCCCCAACUCACCCCCAGACCUCCCCAAUAAAUCGUGGGGGGCUCCCCCGUGUGCA